AUGCAUUUCAUCACUGCAGUUACGGUCGUCGCCGCCCUCGCCGCGCACGUCGUCCUGGGACAACCUUUGACGGUCAACACGCUUUCCGGGGCUGUUCAGUGCGAGCCUGUUCAGUUCACAUGGGCAGGCGGGGCGCCGCCGUACUUUCUGGCUCUGAACCCAGCGGGACAAGCAAAUGCGCCAGCACUCAAACAGUUCCCGGUGCAGAACGGACAGAGCAUGACCUGGAUCGUGGACAUGGCCAGCGGGAGCUCAUUUUCGACGGUGUUGAAGGAUAGUACUGGAGCGCAAGCGUUCUCGGACAUCGUCACGAUUCAGCCCAACUCAGAUGACAGUUGCCUCCACGGGGGUCAAACCGCGUCCGCACCCAUGUCUCAAAACUCUGGCUCCGCUGGGUCAAUUGCAGCGACCACGCCUGCUCCUACUCCCUCCAACAACGGUGCAGCUGCCGGACAGAAGGCCGUCACCUCGUCGACAUCCGGCACUACGGCGUUGUCCUCUGGGACGUCCGCGCCGAGCGGGUCCGCCACGCGUACGGCGCUCACCACGAGCAGCAAUGCAGCGAGCAACCAGGCAUAUUCUGGAGCGAUUGGGAUCGCCGGUCUGCUCGGGCUCGCGGGCGCGGCGCUCCUUGGUUGA